AUGGGCUUCCAACUCAAUACAUUCUUUGUAUCAGCCUUGGCUGCCACAAGCUAUGCCUCUCCUUUGAUCCAGGCCCGAGCAUCCAAUACAUCCUAUACCAGCUCCAACGGCCUGAAGUUUAACCAGUUCAACGCUUCUCUACCCAAUGUCACUCUCUUAGCAACUGGCGGCACCAUCGCCGGCACAAGCGACGAUAAAACCGCAACAGCAGGCUACGAAUCCGGCGCAUUAUCAAUCACCAAGCUCCUAAGCGGAAUCCCCGAAAUCAACGAUAUCGCCAACGUCGCCGCAGUCCAAGCCACAAACGUCAACAGCGGCGAUGUCUCCUCAUCCCUCCUGCUAAACCUCACCCACACCCUCCAAACAACCGUCUGCGACGACCCCACCAUGUCCGGCGCAGUAAUCACCCACGGCACAGACACACUCGAGGAAUCUGCAUUCUUCAUCGACGCAACAGUAAACUGCGGCAAGCCAAUUGUCUUCGUGGGCUCGAUGCGGCCUUCCACGGCCAUUUCCGCGGACGGACCCAUGAACCUCCUGCAGGGUGUGACUGUUGCCGCGGAUGAGGAUGCCAAGGAGCGUGGUGCGCUUGUUGUGCUGAAUGACAGGAUUGUUUCUGCGUUCUUUGCUACCAAGACUAAUGCCAAUACCGUUGAUACGUUCAAGGCGUAUGAGCAGGGUAGUCUGGGGACCAUUGUUUCCAAUACGCCCUACUUCUAUUAUCCUGCUGUGCAGCCGAAUGCGAAGCAUACUGUUGAUGUUGCUGAUGUGCACUCUAUUCCUCGGGUUGAUAUUCUCUAUGCUUAUGAGGAUAUGCAUUCCGAUUCGCUAUACAGUGCUGUUAAGAAUGGUGCGAAGGGUAUUGUUGUUGCUGGUGAAGGCGCUGGUGGUAUUUCCACAGACUUUGCUGAUGCUAUCAGUGACGUCGUUGCUAAGCACGGCAUUCCUGUUGUUUUGAGUCACCGUACUGUUAACGGUGAGGUUCCCACCGCUGAUAUCACUGGCGACAGCAGCAAGAUUGCUAGUGGCUUGUUUAACCCCCAGCAGUCGCGCAUCUUGGUUGGGUUGUUGUUGGCUGAGGGCAAGAAAGUCAAGGAGAUCCGGGAGGUGUUUGGGAAGGCUACUGUUGCUUGA